AUGUGUAUGAAGGCUCAUUGCUCUACCUGCAACAAGGUCACCUGGUGGGGUUGCGGAAACCACAUUCCCUCUGUGAUGGACUCGAUUCCGGAGAGCGAGCGCUGCGCUUGCACUCCUCAGGUGGAGAGGGAGGGAAAGAAGUACCCUCCCAAGGCUGCCAAGGCUGAUUGA